UUGUUGUAGCCCUCGGCAAGUAGCGAGGCACAUCAUGGUCGCGACGCGCUUUUCUCGGUUUUCCCGUUAAGAUCAGUGGUGGCAACGCUGUUUUUUAUGGUCUUUUCAGAUGGAGACCUUCAAGGAGCAGAAAUCGCCCCCACCGGAAAAUUGGAUCAAAACGUUUUGGGCGUGUGGGGGAGCUAUUACGAUCCUUGUGUUCAAUGGAGUAGUGGAAGCUCAUUCUGCCGUUCUGCUGCCGCAACUACAAGAAGCUUACAGUCCAAUUCACGUUGAUAAAGAUGAGGAAACAUGGAUUGCCAGCCUUGGGAUUUCAGCCUCUCCCUUAUCUGCUGUUCUUUGCGGGCCAUGCAUAGACCGAUAUGGACGAAAAAUAGUGAUUCAAGGAUAUUUUCUGAUCAGUGCCAUAGGAUACGGAAUCAUAGCUGCAGCUAGCUCUGUGGUUCAUCUCUACAUAGGAAGAAUAAUUUGCUCACUGGGUGUCGGUUUUGAAGUAGCAGGCGUAAUUUACAUCGCGGAGGUUUGCACCAAGUACCAACGGAGCCUGUUUUUGUCGUUGACGCUGCCCAUGUUCACAGGAGGAAUCCUGUUCACGUAUGUAGUUGGAGCAACAUUACCUUGGACCAUGGGAUCAUCCCUGUAUGCAUUGCUAUGCCUCUUACUCUUCGUCUACGAAAGUUUCACCCCCGAAUCUCCCCCUUGGCUUGUCAAACAGGGCAAAAUCAGCCGUGCUAAAGCCGAGUUCAAGAGAUUAGGUCGCUCCGAUGAAUGGAUCGAGGAGGAGCUGAAACUGCUGCAGGCCAGUUGCGACACGCUGGAGAGGAACCACCACCUGGACUGCAAGACGUGGCUGGAGCCGACCGUCUGGAAGCCGUUCCUCAUCAUCGCGCUGUUCCACUUCCUCCAGGCGGCGACGGGCGUCUACGACCUCCUCUAUUACACGGUGGACUUCGUCGGGGAGCUGGGCACCCAGUACGACCCGUUCCAGGUCUCGCUCUACCUGGCCAUCGCCCGCUUCCUCAUGACCUCCACCGUGGGGCUCUACUUCACGUCGAAGGUGCGCCGGAAAACGGCGACCGCCCUCUCGGGCUUCGCCAUGGGCGCCUCCCUCCUCGUGGCCGCCAUCUACGAGCAGCGCUUCGACGGCGUCGCCCCCGCGGAGCGCGCCCACACCUGGAUCCCCAUCCUCGCCGUCUCCGUCUCCGUCCUCGUCUCCUGCGCCGGGGUCCUCCACCUCCCGUGGUUGAUGUCCGGCGAGGUCUUUCCGCUCCGCGUCCGCGGGCUCAUGUCCGGCUACGUCUUCUUCGUCGGCUCCUGUUCUAUGUUCGUGUUCCUCAAGUCCUAUGUGUUCUUCGUCGAGGUGUUCAAGGUCACCGGGGUCCUCUUGCUCUGCGCCGGGGCGUCUGUGCUCAUAGCCUUGUUCGGGUUGUUCGUCCUCACCGAGACCCAGGACAAAUCUCUCUAUGAGAUCGAGCGGGGCUACGAGAAGAAGUCCAGGGGCGAUGCCGAGAAGGCGAAUCUUCGAGAGGUAGAAUGAAAGACGCACUGUAAAAAAAGGUUAAUUUAAUUCUAACGUGUGCAAGUAUGAAUGUGGUACGAAAUUGAUGUGAUUUCAGACACUGAGCAUCAAAAAUUUCAAUCUCUGAGAUAUAGGCUUAGCAUCAUAACCUAAUUUUCGAAAAAAAGGGGGGAGGUUUUGAUCUUCGGUACCUAAUUUUUAAGAUCAUACCAGAAUUUAAGUUUAAUAGACUUACACCAAAAAUUCCGAUGAUCGAGGUUUCAUCAAUCUAUGGUUAAAGUUGAAAAAUGCUUAAGCCCUGGACAGACGUUCAAAGUGAAGCUUCAAAGUGGUGGCCGUUUAGUCAAGUGUUGCGCAUCGAAUUACAAAGUUUAAGAAUCUCUAAGUCUAAAAUAAAACUUAACAAAAUAGUUCCUUGAAUUCUGGUAGGAAUGUUUUUGGAUGGAUGAAAAAAAAAUGCAAGAUAAACUGUUGGUUAAAUUUCUUUAAAAAUAGAAAAUACGAACGAAAAUUUACAAUUUUGCAAUCAGAAAUACGCCUUUUCCAACUUCAGCCAUCGAUGUGAUAGAAAUUUCAAAAUUACGAACUAAUCACCGAAUGUUCCACUUGAAAUUGCAACUGUGGCAUUCAAAAUUUCUAGUGCAACCUUCCUCGACCACUAUUUUCAUUAUAGGUUUUAUUGUAUGUAGAUAUAUAUAUUUCUGUUUUUUAUGCGUUUUAUGGAUAAGUAUAUUUUUAAACACUCGAGGUUUUUCCCUUGGCAAUUUUUAACAAUCUUUUAUUAUAAAGGUUUUGCUCGAAGUGGAAUUAUUUUUUAAUUGUAAGUGAGUUAGAAUAGUAGGUAACAUUUUAAAACGUUUUGUAAAAAGGAUAAACUUCUCUCGAUACAUUUAUUUGUUCAUCUAAUUUCGUUGAUGAAAUAUUUAAGCGUACAGGCCUACAAUUUUUGAAAUUUUUGUCCAAAAAUUGCAUUUUGUCAUUGUGCAUUUUAUCGAAUUUUGAUCUACGAGGCGUUCAGGAUUACUUUAUUCUCAUUUCGCUUGUCAAAACACCUCGAAAGCAGGGUUGCUAUUAGAAGUAUGUAAUAUUAGUAUGUAAAAGUAGUAACUUAAUAUGAAUGAUUGAACGUCUUUCAACAAGUAACUUUCAUACAAAAAAAUUUACUCGAUCCUUAUUCCUUCAAUUUUUUGUUACUAUAACCAAGAAACAUGAUCUCCAGAUUAAUUUUUUGGCUUCUUGAAACGAAUAUGAAAAAUGAGGUUGUAAAAGUCCCCCACGUUGGAGAAUAUUUUGUAUGUACUUGAGAUGUGUAUUUUUAUGCUGGAAAUGUUGUUGUUUUUUCCAUUUUAAAUAUUAAUAUAAUUUUUCAUUACAUAAA